CAUAAACGAAUGUACCCAUAUUCACAGUCAAAUUCAAAUGUGCUCAUUGCUAACCGUCGCUGGGAUAAAAGAGGAAACAUCGUGCGAUAUUCUUCGUUUUGUGGAUAAAAGUGGUUUUUGAUUCGUAAUUACGGAAGUUUUAUAUCUUCACGAGAAAACGCUUGAAGUCUUAAAAUAAAUAAACAUGCUAUUAGGUGACCAUUAGGUAAUUUUACAAUAAAUAAUACGUAGAGGAUUGUAUUUGAGUUACUGCAACUGAAACACUGUUUAUUGUGAACGACAAGAUGGAAUCUCGUUUACCGAAACCAAGAAUAAUGAUAAAAAAAGCAACUAGUAUAACGGAUAUAGCGGCUAAGAAUAACAAUCAUAAAAUAAUCAAAAAUAUGCCUACAUCAGCAUCGACAUUAACAUCAACAUCAACAUCUGGUGGUACAAAAUCUACGAAUGAGAAUAAAUUAGCAGUUAAACAAACCUUAGUUCGAGCCAAGACGUUAUCUGUCAUCACACGACCAAACAAUGUGAAAGCAGUAAAACGAACAGCUACUGAUAUCAUACAUGGAGAAACAAAAAAACCUUUUAUUAAAUCUGCUGCUAAAACAUUAGUGAACAAACCAAACAACAAUGUAUUGAAUACAGUGAACAAGGUAAACAAAGUUAUCCAAAAUGACACAGAUAAAGCAGGCAAGAUUAAAAAAUGGGAUUUACGUGGUCGUUUGGCGCAGACAAGUGAUAAACUAUCGGUUGUACAACAGAAAAAUAAAGAUAUAGAGUCAAAAUGCAUUAUUCUUCAAAAUUUAGUGGAUACUUUAAAAGCCAGCGAAGCUACAUGUAAAAAUGAAAUAGAAAAACUUCAAGUUUCAAACAAUACUUCGACUGCCGAACUUCAAAUUUUAACAGUAGAAAUAUCUGCAAUUCGAAAAAAUGAGGAAGAUUUAGCAAAACGAUUAAAGGAAUCGGAAGAAUUAUGUACAAAUCUUUCUCGCGAAUUGAACAAAUAUCAGGAAAACUGUAAAACACAAGAAAUACUUAUUUCAGAACAAGCUAAGCAGUUAACAGUUUUCCAAAUAGAUUUAGAAUUACAAAAAAAGAUAAACACAGAUUUGAGUAUUGCCAAGGAAGAAUUACAAGCAUUGACUCAUAAAAUGGAUAAAGAACGGAGAAUAUUGCACAAUAAUAUACAAGAAUUAAAAGGCAACAUCAGAGUUUUUUGCCGAGUUCGUCCACGAACUUUGAAAGAGAUUGAACAAAUGAAAGCUCUGUGUACUAUAAGUUUUAUAGAUGACUGCACUAUUGAAGUGAACAAAUCAGAUGGAUCAGAUGCAAUUAGCUGCAGUGGUAAGCUGCGAGGGAUAAAGCAAGAAUUUUCAUUUGAUAAAGUCUUUACACCCAACGCAUCACAAGAGGAUGUAUUUCAAGAAUUAUCCCUUUUAGUGCAAUCAGCACUUGAAGGAUAUAAUGUUUGCGUUUUUGCUUAUGGCCAAACUGGUUCUGGAAAAACGUACACUAUGGAAGGAGAAUGUGGAUUGCAGACUGAAGGCAUGAUACCUAGAACGGUACGUCAUAUAUUUGAAGAGAUGAAGCAGUUUGAACUUCUUGGUUGGAAGUAUCGAAUAGAAGCAAGCUUUUUAGAAAUUUAUAACGAGCAUAUUAUUGAUCUUCUCGACUCACAACAAAAAAUCCACGAAAUACGAAUGGUUGAUAGCAAAGGUCAAGAUUUAUAUGUCAGCAAUCUACAAAUAGAGGAAAUACACAAUCCAGAAGAACUGCACGAAUGUCUACGAACAGCACAACGCAAUCGAGCCUGUGCAGCUACACAUUCAAAUGAACGAUCAUCUAGAUCCCAUUCAGUGACAAGGAUACGAUUGAUUGGUACACAUAUUGCAAAACAAGAGGUAUCGGUAGGAAAUCUGAAUUUAGUUGACCUAGCUGGAUCUGAACGUUUAAAGACCGAAGAAGCUGUUAGGACUGUAGAAACAAAAAAUAUCAACAAGUCUCUAGCAAAUCUCGGCAAUGUCAUUUUAGCGCUUUUGAAGAAACAGGAACAUGUUCCUUACAGAAACUCUAAAUUGACUCAUUUACUCAUGCCUUCUCUAGGAGGCAAUUCUAAAACUUUGAUGUUACUAAAUAUAUCUCCACUAGAUGAAUGUUAUAACGAGACAUUAAAUUCGCUGAGAUUUGCUAGUAACGUUAACAAUUGCAAGACUGGAAAUAUUAAACGAAGCCGAAUGGUUUUACAAAAUACGACUAACUGAAUUUAGAUGUAUUACCUGAUUAAGAAAGUGUCAUGUUAUAUUUUUUAAAAGUUUUAUAUGAUUAACAUAUUUUAAUAUUAAUAUUUUUACUAAUGUAAUUUAAAGUAAUUUAAGAAAAACAUUCUCUUUUUGAUUGGUUACAAAACCAUGCAAAAAUAUUCUUUUAUGACAUCAAUAAUGGCAUAAUAUGAGAUAUUAAACACAAAUAAAUCAAUAUAUAUUU